UGUAGCUGUGAGACACAACAUUUUUGUGCUUGAAACAUAAAAAAGACAUUAUCACGUAUAAGUGAAUUGGCUAUUAUUACCUGACUUGUACCUAAUCUAGUCAUUAGUCAGAUAUGCCUAUAUCCAUCGUCAAAUAAGCGCGAACUUUUUUAAUCGAGUGAUUAUAGUGUCAUCGCCUAGUUUUAUUUAGUACACCACAAAUAUGUGCGCUGGCACUAUGAAGCGUGGGGCCAGAAUCGCAGUAUUUUUAAUUUCGCUCUACUUUACAGGGACUUUAGAGCAGACCAUAUACAAUGCCAACAACUUCUACCAACCAAUGACCGAGGACUACGACGUGAGGCAUAACGGUCAGUUGUUCAUGCCACCCUGCAUGAAACAACUUUUGAAUUGCUGGGAACUUGUGAAGCCGGAACUCUUCUGCACAUAUACCCGACAAUACAGGCAGGCCCUCGAGAGCAUAUGCAUGGACUUGCGGUUCCACUGCAAUGAGUUCACGGGGCCUAAUCAGUUCACCACGCUAAACAUAUCAACUUGGAUCCACUGCCCUCCGACCAGAUUACAGCUAUCGACGGUAGACCUCCGACCGUACUCGGGUCUAAUUCCUCAUUCUGAUGAGUCGUGGUGGAGGAACUUACAAUAUAUACCUAAUAUCAAGGAUUACGACCUAAUAAAUGUAAAAGGUUAGGUAUUGUCAAAAGAUUUAAUUUGUAACCCAUUUCGUACCUUUCCACAGUGAUAAUUAACGUGAAAGUUGCUAGAGACAUCAUACAUGGUCACUGUAAUAAGAUACGAAAUGGGUCACAAAUUAAAUGUUUUCACUGUACCCAUAUGGUACACACACAUCGACACAAUAAAUGAUAUUUGUGACCGCGGUCGGCAAAACGUCACACUUGUCCCUCGCCAUAAGGACGCUUUAACUGGUUAUUCGUAUAAAUAUACAAGCAAAUCUCGUCCUUACAGCAAGCAACAAAGUGGGAAGUUUUGUCGGCCGCGACCGCGUUCACAUUUAGUAGCUUACUUGCCUAUUAAAAGGUAUGUAUGUGUAUACUUAUAAUAACUAAUAAAGACGAUACGGUUUUCCUCACAACUGUUUAGUUAUACUUACAUAUGUAACGGAAAGGGAUAUAAUAAUAAAAUUUCAUAUACCUA